AUGGCUACCCUCGGGAGGUACAUUUCCUAUAUUCUGCUACUGGCGGUGGUUUCCUGCGAAGUUGUCCCGCACGGAGGCCGAGUUCGUGAUGGACACUCGCGACAGGACAAGAAAGCCGGCCCGUCGCCAACACCGAAGCAAAGCUCCGAACCGGAGCAAGGGUUCGAGGAGCGCGAACGUGACAGUGCGUUCUGGUUCGAGCAGGCCCAGGAAACGCUGGUCCGGAAGCUGAAGGAAACCCGCAACAACAACCACGCGAAGAACGUGAUCUUCUUCAUCGGCGACGGCUUGUCGUCGCAAACGUUGGCCGCCACGCGUAUGUAUCUCGGCAACGAAGCGAACACCUUGUCGUUCGAGCACUUCAAGGACACCGGCACCGUGCGGACGUACUGCGUGGAUCAGCAAGUGGCGGACUCGGCCUGCACCGCCACGGCCUUCUGCUCGGGUGUUAAGACCAACUACGGAAUGAUUAACGUGGGCCCCAGUGUAAAGCGCAGUAGUUGCGAGUACGACCACGAAGCGACCGAGUUUCUGGGCCUACUCCAGUGGGCUCAGAAGGCGGGCAAGGACACGGGAAUCGUAACGAACACGCGCAUCACUCACGCCACACCGGCCGGAACUUACGCCAGCGUUACCGAAAGGAACUGGGAAGAUGACAGUGACGUUAACGGCGACUGUUCUAGCACCCCCAUCGAACGGAGACCGCGUGACACUGGCCAUCAGCUGGUGUAUGGAGAGACGGCCAGCAACCUGAAGGUAGUGCUCGGCUGUGGACGACAAAACUUACUACCGAAGGGCACGCUGGAUGAGGAUGGUGUCUCGGGUAAUCGUGAGGAUGGCGUAAAUUUGAUCGAGGAAUGGAAGCGACUCCGGAAUGAGCGUGGCCGAGCGGAGUAUGUUUACGACAAGCAGGGCCUCUUGGCGGCAGCCCAGAACAAACAAUCGGACUAUCUGCUGGGACUUUUCGAUAGCAGCCACUGUCUGUACAAUCUGGAGAUUGACGAGCAGCAGGUGGGUGAUCGGAAGCCAAAGCUGUCGGAGAUGGUAGAGGCCGCCCUGGCGAUUCUGGAAGACAGUGCCCAAGGAUACGUGCUGUUCGUCGAAGGAGGCAAGAUCGAUAUGGCGCAUCACGGGAACCUUCCGCGUCUGUCGCUAGAUGAAACGGCCGAGUUUCAUCGAACCAUCGGAUUGGCAAGGCAACGGACGAACGUCAACGAUACGCUGAUCGUAGUAUCCUCCGACCACAGCCACACGCUGGUAUACACCGGAUUCCCGAAGCGCGGCAACGAUAUCCUGGGCAUCGCGGACGUCAGCGAACUGGACGGUUUGCCGUACACAACGCUGAGCUACGCCAACGGCGAGAGUUUCUACGAGACGUACGAAGACGGCAACCCGACCAAGCGUAUCAACGUUAGCGGCUACAAUCUCCAGAACUACUACCAGCGUUAUCCAGCCACCGUGCCGCUGGUGGACGAGUCGCACGGCGGCGAAGACGUCACCGUCUACGCCAGCGGCCCGAGCGCUCACCUGUUCAACGGUAACAUGGAGCAAAACGUGAUUCCCCUGCUAAUCGCCUAUGUGGCCAACAUCGGUCAGGACUUCGGUUGGGUGCCCGAAGAUAGUUCAGAUCCUAUCGAUGACAGGGGUAGCGCCGUCCGCACGUCGCUAUCAUUGCUGUUGGCGCUCGUCUCGAGUUUGCCCCUGGCGGCGGUGGCCAUACUCAUACAGCGGCUAUAA